UGGACAAACUUGGAAAGCGCAUCUUUUUACAAUGGAACAACAAUAUGCUCAAAUCUACGCGUCGCCUUUUGCGGCAGUUGGUUUGGCUAUUGAUUUGUAUCCUCUUAUUCUUCCAUUGAAGGCCGUAUAUGAUCUUUACUUGCCGCUUAGACGCAAGUUCGAAGUAGGAGUUGUUUUCUUGACUGGUAUUUUGUAUGCACCCUGUUCAAACUUCCACUAUUAUAGCCUAGUUUCCGAAACAAAUCCUGACAAUUACUCCUACAGUGCUUAUAUCGCUUCUACCCUCAGUGUCUAUUAUCGAUUCAUCAAUAAGUAGAGCAACACUAAAGACACAACAUGGAGCCUACAAAAUGUCAUUAUUUUCUCGUAAGCCAUAUACAUAAACUUCCCUAUCAUUUUUAACUCAUCAAUUAACUCUAAACAGCUUAGCCGAAAUGUUCAUCGGAGUAAUCGUCUCCUGCAUGCCCGCAACCUGGAACUUCCUACCUCACAACCACAAAUUCCUCGCCCUAAAAUCAUCCUUAUCCUUCAAAUCCCCAAGACUCUGGAGUAAUUAUAAAACCUCAUCCAAAAAUCAAAGUACCAAAGAUUCCCCAGCCAAAUCACUGUCGGAGAGAGUCGACUCUUUACAUCGAAAGGAAUGUAAUGAUUCCAAAAUAGAAGCUUCUUCCUCCUUAAAAGAAUAUCAAAAGGAGGAAAGUUUUCCGCAGAUGAAAUUGGAGUUUUCGCCUUUUGGGAGUGUAGAGACGUAUAUUCGGUCGGAUUAGGAGAAUUAAUCUUGUGAGGGAUGAUCGGAUCCAUCUUCAACGGGAUAUUUGGCAGACGGGGUCAUAAUUAGUCGGUAAUGGCAGUUUUGUUUGUACUAGGGUUGGGCAAAGGGUAGUGUAAUCUGGGGUAAUCGGAGGUGGUAAGUGUUCUGGAAACUA